AUGCUCAUAUCGUCGUGUUUCAGUCGAAUUCCGCGUGACUUGAAGGUCGGCCAAACAAGCGACGGCUCACGAGGCCUUUACGGUAAGUCUUACUGGAUUAUCCCCGCAGAGAGAUCAGAACGGGCAUGGAACACUCAUGCCACACCGAAAACAGGAACAACUCUUCAUCGGCUCCCGAGCCCUCUUGCGAAAUCUCUAUUUCCUCUCCAUUUUUCGGUUCAAAAAAGGGCGGAGUUGUGGGAGAAGAAGGGGAAGAGGCGGGGCUAUCUCCACCCCGGUAAGCUCGUUUCUCCUCGCUCCAUUUUUGUCGUUGUGCUCCGCUGCUCCGGCUCCUCUCUUUUCUAAAUUUUGAUUUGCCAAUCUGGUCUCUUGCAGAUAUGUCGGUUGAAAAUGUGAGCUCGGAUUCUCCGAACCCAGAGCAGCAGGCCGAACGGCGUCGGUCCACGACGGUCAUCAUGACGAUGAAUGUGACGAUGCCAGCGGAAUCGUCGGGAGAAGUGCCCGGUGUCCGGAGGAACGGAAGCAUGCGACGACGACUAUCCAAACAGAAUGCGACAAUUGAAGAGGUAUGAACGCACAGACACUUAGGAAUCAUUCUUCUAUUGUUUUAGCCACUGUCUCUUCUCUCCAUUUCCGAUCCUCCGUCGGAAGGAGCGGAUACAGUAGUCCCGAGCAUUGAGGAGCAUCCAGAAGAAGGGAAGGAAGAGGGAAAGAUCGAGGCGGAAGACGGAACGAAGCUCCGUCCGCCGGUUCCACUCCAGAAAAAGACGUGGUCGAUGUCGAAGUCAUUGAGUCGCGAGUCGAACGGAACGGAGUAUUCGGACAGAUCAGGCACGGAUCUCAGGUUAUUCAUUGAUCGGACGGUUCACAAGAGCGAAGAAGAUCGCAAUCAUCUUCUGGCCUUCGAAAAGGAACUGAAAGCUAUGAUUACGGACGAAAGGUUAGUCUAUCCGCAGGGGGACUACUGUAGUUGGAGUGUUUAUAGCAUUCAAUCUCGCAAGUUCGAACUUCCUUCCUCUUAUCAUCGGAUGCUCAUUCAUCGGUGUGCCGCCUGGUUCGGACUAGAUCACAAUGUGACUAAUAAGCAGACGGAGGUUGUCGUCAACAAAUCGGAGAAAACGUUGAUGUUAGUUGAAACAUAAUACGACGUCAGAAAAUAAAAAUUAUAUAAAUUCAGUCCGGACGAGUCGUUCAGCGAUUUCAUUCGGCAUGACAAUUACGCGGAAGACCGUUACAAACGACAGAACACGGGCGGUUCCCGGAAGGAGCUUCACCACGGAGAAUCGUUCGAGCAGACGAGCCAGUUCGGAAGCCAAGCGAGUCUCAAUCACGACUUGCUCAUGAUGCGCAGAGCACAAUCGUUCGACGUGGCCGCAGUCACCGGCACUCCAGUCAUGCAGCCGCCACAACCCGUCAGAGCACUUCCAAUGAGGCAGCUCUCACUGAACUGCCCGCAGCAGCCCGUAGUCGGCGCUCCGAUGAGCGGACCGCACGGGCCGCAAUGGGCUCAGCAGAGAUCAUUCGACUGCAUCAACAAUGGAUAUUUGUGCACUGGAAAGCAUCCGAUGAUGAGGGUAAGCAUCGCGAACUCGAAGGGAUCCUCAAUUGGGUAUGAUUGCAGAAAGCGGAGAGUUUUGGUGGAAUGGGCAAUGGAAUGGCUCAAGGAUGCUACGAAGCAAGUGCCCCUCUGGUCUGCCAGACGCCCCCGUCCGUCAUGGUCCACCACCAUCACCACCACGGCCAUCCACAAGCAUCAUACACCGGAUACCAAGUGUUCGAUGAGAUGGCGAUGUCUCCAGCAAGUUACCAGCCCGAACCGGGAAUGUGCUCACCCGGAGGCACCUACUACGAGUACGUCUCCCCGCCCCAAUACACUCGUCCCGUCCGUUAUCUCCCUCACGAUUACCAUCACCAGCAACGGCGCCCGCCUUCCGGUGGCGUCCAGUACAUGUACGGACCUCCGCCGCCUCCCCAGUACAUGCAAUAUGCGCCACAAGUGAUCCAUCCGGAAGUGGAAGUCAUCGUGGAUCCGGUGCAAGCGCAGCCUUUCCCACCUGUCGGUCACUUUGUUAUUCCGGAACAACAGCAGGGCUAUGCAUCCAGCCAUCAGGCGGAGACUGCCAACAGCUUCAUAAAGGUGAGUGAAAACGGAAAGGGAAGGAUUGUGGUUUCUGGAAAUAGAACGACGGUUCAGGCAAGCAUUGACGGUGGAUACGGUAGCAUGAAUCAGGAGCCGGACUCUGGAAGUAACACCGAAAAGACCGAGGAACAACAAUCAUAA